GACCGACUCCGGGACCGAGACGACGCGGCGCCGCGCGCAACGAACGAGUAGCCAAACACAGCGCAACGCAGCACAGCGCAUUCGUUUGAUACGUGCGCGCUGCUCCACGACAGAUUGUGCGUUCGCGCCGUCUGCAGCGCUCCCUGAGGCGCUAAGUGCAUAUCAGCCGCGCUGCCGCUAAGCGGCGCGAACACGUACGCCGCGCACACGUGGACGCGCAGUACUAAACCAUGGCCAAAUUCCAGCUCCCCACGUCCACAAAAGGCGGCAGCAAGGGCUUCGCGCCGCCGCGCAAGACCGCGACGAAGACCGCGCCGCGCCCGAAAGCUAGACCUUUGGCGCCCGCGCGCUUCGAGUCGAAGCCGCCGCCGCCGCCUCCCACAGACCCCGUGGGCGCCUGGGCCUGCCUCUACGCGAAGAAGGGCCCCAAGAAGAAGAUCACGUGGCUCGACGGGGAAGUCGUGCGCGAGCCGUACCCCGGCAACAUGCACCGCGUCAAGCUCAUCGACGCGGACACGAAGGCCCAGGUGACGUCCACCACGAAGCCGGCGUCCUUGGCGCCCUUCGAGGUCGACAAGGACGACGAGACGUGCUUCUCCGGUUAUAGAUUACAAAUCACGGCGCGGUUGAGAGGAGGCGGGCCCGCGGCCGCGCCGGCGGCGCCGCCGGCGCCGGCCCGCCCGGCGCCGCGCGCGCCCGUCCGCCCGGCGCCGCCGCGGCCGAAGCCGCGGCCGGCCCCGGCGCCGGCGCCGGCUCCGCCGGCGCCGAGCGGCCGCGCCGCCGAGGUCGGCGCCUGGGCUUGCCUCUACGCGAAGAAGGGCCCGAAGAAGCGCAUCACGUGGAUCGACGGCGAGGUCGUCCGGGAGACGUACCCCGGCAACCAGCACAAGCUCAAGCUUUUUGAUGCGGCGACGCGCGUCAUGGUCUCGGGCGCGACGGUGCCGGCGGCUUUUCGACAUUUCGAGGUCGACGACGACGACGAGACGGCCUUCGGCGGCUACCGGCUCCAGAUCACGGACCGGCUGCGCGGCGGCCUCGCGCCCUGCCCCGCGCCGCCCGUGCGGCGCGGCGUCCCCUGGCCUUCGCUUGCGAGACGCGUUGACGGUGGCGCGUCGAUGGCGUGGAGGCUCGCGUCGACGGCGUUGAGGCGUCGGCCACGCCAUCGCCGCGACGCAUCGACACAAAACCCAUCUCCACACAGGCGCCGCCGGCGCGGCCCGCGCCACCCACGCAACAAGCGCCCGCGCGGCGGGGCCCGCCGCCGGGCUGGGGCGCGACGCCGCCGCCCGUGGCCCCGCGGGCGCGCCGCCCGCGUCCCGCCAGCACGCCAUCGCCGCAACCCGCCACGCGUCAACACACAGGUCCCCGCCCCGAAACCCCGGAGCGGCCCGCCCGCGAACUGGGCCUCAACCACCACAGUCGCGCCGAAGCAAAAAACGAAGAGACCCUCGACGAAGAUGCACGACGGGCCCGUGACUGAUUUCGUCGUCCUAGAUCAACCGAGAGUUGCACUACGAGGCCCCGUCGCGCGGAAAUUGCGACCGCACCAACGGGACGCCGUCAAGUUUUUGUAUGGCUGUCUAUCGGGAAGGCAACCUGAGAGAAGAGAAGGUGCUAUACUAGGCGACGAGAUGGGCCUGGGGAAGACCCUCACCACUCUAGCAUUGUUGCGAACUUUGGUGAAAGCAGCAGGAAGUUGCCAGAACGACGACCACGGUUUGCAGAAGAUCCGGAAGGCCUGUGUGGUCUGCCCGGCGUCAUUGGUCGCCCAGUGGCCCAACGAGGACGCCAAGUUCUUCGGGCGGGUUUCGUCGAACGUCGUCUGGAUCCCUUGUCUAGAGAAGGCGGGCGGGAGUGCGGACGGCACGGUAGAGACGGCCAAGGCAGCUCUCGAAAGGUGGCGCGCGUUGGAUGGCCGACGGUCCUGUGCCGUGCUAUCCAUUUCGUACGAGGCCUUCGCGCGGCACUGCGAAAGUCUCAUUGAUGCGGACCCUCAAUUGGACCUGCUGAUCAUGGACGAGGGCCACCGGUUAAGGGGUGGUGCCAAAGCUAAAACAGCUUCCUUACUCCGAGACUGUCGGGCUUCCAAGAGGUUACUGUUGACGGGCACGCCGGCGAUGAACAAUUUGGAGGAGUUCCACUCGUUGGUCGACGUUUGUUGUCCUGGCGCUUUAGGUGAUGCGGCGUCCUUCCGGAGGGAUGUCAUGAGGCCUAUUUCUGCUGGGGCGUUGCGCGGCGCGUCUUCUGCACAAAAGAAGGCGAAGGAGGAGGCGACGCAACAACUGAGAAGUGCCGUAUCUGCAUUCUACCUGCGGCGGGCGGCGUCGGACAUUGCUAGAGCUUCCCUCCCACCGAAGACCGUCCAUAUAGUGUGCUGCCGCAUGGUCGACGACCAACGGGAAGCUUAUGAAGAGGCCUGCGAGCUGCGGGACGGCGGCGCUCUCGCCACGAUCCAGAAGCUGCGAGCCUUAGCUACAAGAGGGCCCGCUCGGAACCCGCUGCACGAGCCUUCAAGUGGCAAGUUACGCGUCGCCUUCGCGUUAUUGCAGCACCUCCGCGAGACGGGAUCUGAAAGAGUAGUAAUCGCGUCCGGAAGCACGGCGACGUUGGACGUCAUCCAAGCCUGCUGCGAUGCGCGGCGGUGGGACUGGCUGCGGGUCGACGGAACGACGCCGCCGGCGGAGCGGCCUAGAUUAGUCGAAAGAUUUAAGUCGAGGACCUCGAACGCGUUCGUGUUUUUGCUGUCGACGCGGGCGGGCGGCUGCGGCCUGAACCUGGUCGGCGGCAGUCGCUUGCUCUUGUUGGAUCCGGACUGGAACCCGGCGCACGACGAGCAGGCCAUGGCGCGCGUCUGGCGCGACGGCCAGGCGCGGCCCGUCCACGUGUAUAGGCUGCUCUCCGCCGGUGCUGACGCGGCGUGAUUUCCGAACGUUUCCGACACCGCAUCGACGCCUUCGACGUGGCCGUCAGAGAGCCUACACAUCCUCGACGCUGUCGUUCGACGCAGGCACGAUCGACGAAAAGACGCUCGCGCGCCAGCUCCACAAGCACGACGCCAAUGAUGGUGCCGUAUUAGACGACAACAACUGCGCCGCGCGCUUCUCGGCCCGCGCCCGCGUGGACAUCACAUUUCACGCCAUCGACGCGACGUCGUACGAACACAACUCACUGGUCAAUUCCCACAGGCGGAGGAGCUUGAAAGAUUGUUCGCGUACGAGGACACGGCGUCGGAGCUCUACGCGUCGCAGGCGCGCGGGCGCAAGGCCUGGCCCGCGUACGUCCCUUCUGCGAUCUCCGACGGUGCGCUGAAGGCCGCCGCGGCGUUUGGGGUGACGUACGUCAAGUCCGACACUCAUACUGCAGACGGUCAUCAGGCUUCCUCCGACGACGAAGCGUCGGACUCGGAGGCCGAGGAGCCGUCCCGGAAGUCGGGCUCGACGGCGACGCGGUCCUACCACACUGGAAGAACUCCGAACGAUGAUGAUGAGGAGGAGUUCCAGUUCGACGAGGUCAGCGCUCCGGCGAAGAAGCGGCGCGUCAUCACCGAAGACUCGGACGACGAGUAGGCACAAGGCCUUUCCCCCUUUCCCCUGUUCUAAGCUUCGUACGUAACA